AAGGAAGAAGGAAGUGGUGUAUUAGCUUAGCGCGGAUUGUUUUGGUUUUACCAGCAUAUGUAAAAGGAGUGACACGUUUAGAGUGUUUUUUUUUAAACAUUUGGUUCUACAAAUGUCCUUUAGCGGUAAAGCAGAGGUAUUGAAGUCAUUAUUUGGUUUGUUAUUCUCUCCUGAGGAUUCAUUUGUACACCAGACUGUACUCCACAGACACUCCUUCAACAUGGCAUACAGACAUGGCCGACAUUCAAUUAGAGAGGCUUAUGAACAGCAAUUUCCAGGAAUGGAUUCGAGAGAGGUGACAGUCCACAGAGUUGUCAACAUUGUUGACAAGAGGAGCCAAAUGCCCCGGCCAGGGUUCGAGUUUGAGAGAGGCUACGAUGGUGACCAGUGGUAUGGUGGUCGUAGGAAUUACCAGGAUGAAAGACAAUAUCAGGAUGAUUGUGGUUACCCACCCAACGAACGUCGAUACUAUGAUGAUGACGGCAACUUUGACAAUUUUCGCAGAAAGUCUCCUCCACCCCGAAAUGAAGGCCCAUACCCCCAACAGUCUUAUGGCCGAGAUGAUCUGAGGCAUCAGUUAGCCUCAAGAAACAGUGGCAGAGCGCGACCAUACUUUGGUAAGAAAGGUCGAGGAUCCGGUCCUCCUCACAGAGAAGACCAUGGUGACUACAGGAACUCUCCGCCUGUAGGAGGGAAACGGGACCGGUCUCCUUCAAGGAGGGAAGCCGCCCAGCCACCAGUCCGCUCUGGAUCAAACAGCCGCAGCAGGAGCUUCUCCCCAGACAGAGACAAAAGCUACACCCACAGACACAAACUCAGUGCGGGGACAAGCAGCCACCCUCCAAGCAGCCACCCUCCAAGCAGCCACCCUCCAAGCAGCCACCCUCCAAGCAGCCACCCUCCAAGCAGCCACCCUCCAAGCAGUCACCCUCUAAGCAGUCACCCUCCAAGCAGUCACCCUUCAAGCAGCCACCCUCCAAACAGCCACCCUUCAAGCAGCCACCCUCCAAACAGCCACCCUUCAAGCAGCCACCCUCCAAACAGCCACCCUUCAAGCAGCCACCCUCCAAACAGCCACCCUCCAAGCAGCCACCCUCCAAACAGCCACCCUCCAAGCAGUACAAACGCUCCAAGCAGCACAAGCUCUUCCAAGAGCUGUGAGGAGGAGACUUUGCCAAUCUCAGGGUCUUCAAAAGUGAAAGCAGAAUUGAAUGAAAAACCUUCAGCAUCUGCAGCGGAGACGGAGGAGGUGGUGGCUGCAAGCGUGGAGCCAAAACCGACACUAGACGAGGACUUCAAGGCUCGCCGUAUGCAGGCCAUUAAGACCAAGGCUCUGGAAAUUGAGAAGCAUUACAGGCAGGACUGUGAGACAUUCCGCACAGUGGUGAAGAUGUUGGUGGACAAGGAGCCCAGUUUGGAUAAUAUGCUGCAGGAUCCACUGGAUAAGAACCUGUUGGAGAUCAAACAGCGCUGCCUGGACUCCCUUAAACAAUUUGUGAAGGAGCUUGACGAGGUAUUAGAGCAACCAGACACCUCAUCAGAAGCCACAGGUCACAAAACACUGAAAUAACAAUAUGGAGUCCUACAAUCUUUCUUGUUCCUUAUCUUUAUCUUCUAAAGGGUUGAGGCAUUUAAAUGUUUCUCAUGUGAAUUAUAUUGUUUAAUCAAAUUAUGGUAUCAGUAAUAUGUUUAAAUGAUAAUAAGAAAAACAGGUAAUCAAGUGUUGGCACUUUUCCAUUUGCUGAAACGUGAGAUGCAUUUAACCUUUAAGGAAGGUUCCUCAAGUUAACACCAAUUCAUCUUUGUGACUUGUCAUGCCUGUCAGUGCUUUCACUAAGUUGAAUUUCAAUGAAGAAUUUAAAGCAUGUAUAUGAAAAGAGCAUUGGUUUUCAUUUUCCUUUGCUAAGUUUCUCAAGGAGUAUUACAAUAUACGGUAAGAAUGAGGAGCUUUAAUAAUAUAUAAUACAUCACAAACAUGUACAGGAGUAGGAAUGAAAUGGAUAUUGUUAUGGUAAACUACUUAAAGUGUUGUUAUCGAGGAAUGACAAUUACAGGUUUCUUUGAAAACUGAACAUAUGCACAUUUCGGUAUUUUGUUUCUUACCGUGAAUCAUGUUGAAAACUGUCAAUUCUUAUUAUGAGAUUCUUAAACUGAAAUGAGUUACUUGAGAGACUUUAUCUUAAUGGUAUGGCCUACUGAUAAGAUCACUAGCAAAAUAUUGCAAAUAAAAUGAAUACACUUUUAUCGUAUCCCCUUUCCCUAAGUUCAUAGUGCUAUGUGGUCUUUUUUUACUUUUAGAAUAUGUAUUUGUUGCAGCUAUAAGUGAAAGUAACACCUUCUCUGACAUAAGUAUUUAAACCAGUAUCGAAGGCUCCACGUCUAUUUGAUAUUUUCCAUUAAGUACUAUUGCUUUUAGAAAAUUCUGAUCAUUUAUUAAAUAUUAUUGCUCAUUAUUUUGCUUACCUUUGAGUUGUAAUCAGCUUGUGACUAUAUUGUAGAUGUUUCAUUAAAGUUUUAUAAAUAAAAUGUCAAACCUUCAAAGUUAA